CAGAGAAGGUGCACUGGGCCCUGUGCUUGUACCUAUAGGAGCCGGCGGGGCAGAUUCUGUCAGUGCGGGGCAGAUUCUGUCAGUGCGGGGCAGGUUCUGUCAGUCUGGGGCAGGUUCUGUCAGUGCGGGGCAGGUUCUGUCAGUGCGGGGCAGGUUCUGUGGGACCCGUCAGGACACCAUGAUGACUCUAAUGUGGGGCCCCUUGCUCCUCACUCUCUCAGCCACCACCUUGAUAUCCCACGGAGAUGUGGUCCCUGAAGAGCCUGAGUUUGUUCUUGUUGAUACCAACCUGUGCCCCAUGGACGUGGAUUACCCCCGGUGCGGCAUCGACCCAAUAGCCGGGAAACCCCAGUGUCAGACCCACACCGACUGUAAAGGGGCAGAAAGGUGCUGCUUCUCCGGCUGUAGGAAGCGCUGUCUCCUGCCCCUGCUGGAUAAGUCCGGCCCCUGCCCCCCAUUUAAUGAGACGCUCUGUACGGAUCCUGGGGGGCAGCUGCCCGAGUGCCACAGGGAUGAGCAGUGCCCGGGGGCAACAAGAUGCUGCAAGAGGUGCAGAUGGGAGUGUGCAUAGAAGGGAUACACAGAAACCACAAAUUGCCCCUGGGGGAGGAGCUAAGGAACUGACACCGACCUGCACCGGAACCUUCUCUGGAUAAUAUCUGUGUCUGUAUCUUUAAAUCUGUACCAGUGAAUAUGUACCCCGAA